UAUUGGAGAGACAAUGGUGAUUUUACAGAUAGAGAAUUCUCUAUCUAUCUACCAUAAUUCAUUUUACAUGUUCACAUUGUUCCCGGUUUUUACGCUGCACCAAUAAUCAUAUACUCACAAAUAAAUACAUACAACAAAAUCUGAGAAAUUAGAGUGAGUGAAGAGGAAAAAUGUUAGAAAAGAAUAAUGAUGGGUUUGUGAGAGCUGAUCUAAUUGAUCUUAAGAGCAUAGAUGAACAACUUGAGAAACAUCUCAAUAAAGCAUCACCGACUAUAGAUGAUGAUCAUCAUAAGAUGAAGCAGAGAGAGGAAGAUAUUAAUGGUGGUGAUGAUGUUUUGAACAAGCAGAGACAGGAGUGGGAAAUUGACCCUUCUAACCUCAUCAUCAAGACUGUCAUAGCUCGUGGCACUUUUGGUACUGUUCACCGUGGUAUCUAUGAUGGUCAAGAUGUUGCUGUUAAAAUGCUGGACUGGGGUGAAGAAGGGCACCGGACAGAAGCUGAAAUUGCUGCACUCAGGUCGGCAUUCACGCAAGAAGUUGUUGUUUGGCAUAAACUUGAUCAUCCUAAUGUCACUAAGUUUAUAGGGGCAACAAUGGGAUCUUCGGAAUUACAGAUACAAACUGAGAAUGGUCUAAUUAGCCUACCAAGCAAUAUCUGCUGUGUGGUUGUAGAGUAUCUUCCUGGAGGUGCACUGAAAUCUUUCUUAAUCAAAAAUAGGAGAAGGAAGUUAGCUUUUAAGGUUGUCAUCCAGCUGGCACUUGAUAUGGCGAGAGGGCUGAAUUAUCUUCACUCUCAAAAGAUUGUCCACAGAGAUGUAAAGACAGAGAAUAUGCUGUUAGAUAAGACGCGUGAAGUUAAAAUUGCUGAUUUUGGUGUUGCUCGUAUUGAAGCCUCGAAUCCAAAUGACAUGACCGGGGAGACUGGUACACUCGGUUACAUGGCUCCUGAGGUUUUAAAUGGCAACCCCUAUAACAGGAAAUGUGAUGUAUAUAGUUUUGGCAUAUGUUUAUGGGAAAUAUAUUGUUGCGACAUGCCAUAUCCUGACCUAAGUUUCUCAGAGAUUACUUCAGCUGUUGUUCGCCAGAAUGUUAGACCAGAAAUACCAAGAUGUUGUCCAAGUUCUCUGGCAAAUGUAAUGAAGAAAUGCUGGGAUGCAAAUCCCGAUAAGCGACCUGAAAUGGAUGAUGUAGUUGCCAUGCUGGAAGCUAUUGACACAUCCAAAGGUGGAGGUAUAAUCCCUCCUGAUCAGCAACAAGGUUGUCUCUGCCUCCGUAAACGCCGCGGGCCUUGAUUUAUAGUCCAAGGAAUCAAUACAUUUAUCUUCGAUAAGAACAUGUACCAAGUCUUGUGUAAAUUCAUAAUACCCCUUAUUUUCUUUUAGUUACCUCUUGCUGGACUGGCCUUGUAACCUUGUAAGAUUUUCAUGAUAUUGUUCUAAUAAUGAAUGUUGUUACUAAAUUGUAUCUAUUUGCUAGGUAUUCUCUUACUUCUACUUUCUGUUUAAGUGUGUUUGUUUCAAAACUUGUAA